CAAUACCGCCAACAUGCCCAAGUCCAAGCGCGCGAAGGUUGUCCACCUCACCAAGACGGACAAGAAGGGCAAGGAGCUCUCUUUGAAGCUUUUUGCCAAUGUCCAGGAAGCGGCAGAUACCUUCCAGCACAUUUUUGUCUUUGCAGUGGAAAACAUGCGCAACUCGUACCUCAAGGAAGUGCGCGCUGAGUUCUCAGACAGCCGAUUCUUCUUCGGCAAGACCAAAGUAAUGGCAAAGGCGCUUGGCCAGACACCGGCAGAGGAGCACCUCACCAAUCUUUCGCAGCUCACCGAACACGUCAACGGCAAUGUCGGCCUCAUGUUUACAAACCGCGAUCCCGGCGAGAUUACAGAAUACUUUGCCAACUACUCGCAAACCGACUUUGCGCGUGCUGGUGUGGUUGCCACACAGACCUUCACUGUGCCUGCUGGAGUCGUCUACUCGAGAGGUGGAGAGCUGCCAGAGGAGGAAGAUGUGCCCCUACCGCAUAGCAUGGAGACUACCAUCCGGAAAUGGGGCAUGCCGACGAGGCUCGACAAGGGCAAGGUCAUUCUGGAUGCUCCGUACACGAUCGCCGAAGAGGGCAAGCCAAUGAACAGUCACCAGACAGCUCUACUGAAGUUGUUCGGCGUAGCCAUGGCCGACUUUAGGAUUGACCUCAAGGCAUACUACUCGAAAACGACCGAGUCGGUGACCGAAGUCGGAGCUAUGGAAGAAUAAGCCUCGGACUGGAUACAAUUGCAUGACGGCGGCGUUUACGGGCGUUGGGUUUGAUGGGUCAAAAGUAUGCAUGUUAGAUGACUUUGCCAAAAGGGUCCAGGUCGCCUCUACGAGCACAUUACAAUUAUACCCUUUUAUGUUGUC